AUGGAUUCUGCACCCCAAGAGAUAUACCCAGUGUAUACGCCGUUCUGGAAAGACAGAGAGUCGUACGGCGGUUACGUAGCCGUGUUCGCAUCACCGCCGCCACGGCCAGCAACAAGUUACGGCCAGCAAAAACAAUCCAACAGCAGCCCUGCCACACGCAGCUAUUCCUUCGGUCAACACUCCCCAGCUUCGAGCCCUGAAUACAAUGCGACCAGCCCAACGGUCCUUGUCGACGAGAGAGCAUUCACACCUAGAGUCGGAGACGGACAGGGUACGCGCGUCGGGUCGACCUCCGGGAGCGCCGAAUACGACAGUGCCGCAGUACUCACACCACCGUCGUCAGCGAACGUCUCGGAAUGGACAAGACGUGAUCCAGCCUACCGCGAGAAACUCGUCGAGGGUUUCAGAACAACAGAAGAGGAGAAACAGUUUCUGAUUGAGAAGGUGGCGGAGAAGCAGGAGGAGGGGCAGCCUACGGAUCUGUCGGAUGGUAUCGGACAAGAAUCUACGGGCGUCGUUGGAAAGUCUCCUGAGCUCAGCCUGCAAGAACUGGAGAAUGCGGUUUGGAGUUCGUUUGAUACUUUUGUGUAUUGCGCGUUUGGCGGUGCCAAGGUUCAGGUAUGA